AUGAGCAUCAUGGCUGCUGUGAGCAGCAUGAUUGAGUUUGCAACGAGCAUCAAAGCUAAGUUUCGCAAGCGUCUUGAUCUCUAUAGAACUCCUACCACCAUCACUGGUGCAGAAAAUGUUUGCGAACGUCUCACUCUCAAGAAAGCUGUCAUCGAGAAAACAGAUUUAUGGAAAUCUAUAUUCGAAUAUAUGGAAAAGGAGGCAAUGAGAAUCAGUGAGAAGAAUUAUAGAACCUGGUACAAGCCAAUGGGAGCGAUAGAGAGAUACCUGUCUGUUCGUGAACCAAAGAACAUGAACCCGAUUCGAACCAAACUGGGUGAUGAUAUUAGAAUAGAAUUAGUCGAUGGUACUUUGGCGUUUAUCCCGGACAUCCAGCAAUAUUAUAUUCUUCACGGUGGAGCAGGCCAACAAAAUAAGUUCUGGAAUAUGGUAUGGGAACAAAAUUCUUCAGUUAUUGUGAUGCUCGACAGUGAAGACCUCAAAGCAACAUACUUUCCACACAACGAGAAUGAGACGGUCAAAUUCCAAAAAUAUGAAAUAACUUGUACCGACAUGAUAUCUGAGAGCUUCUGCGAAGUCCGUAAUCUUACCGUCUCUCUUUUAACAGAAAAAGGAAACUAUCGUCAUAUCAAACAUAUUCGGUAUAACGGUUUCAAAAGUUUAUCUCGUUUUCGCCCAGAUCGAGAGUUUUUCCCAGAUCAUGAUCAUUUCGGGAAAUUCAUUGACUAUCUUAGCGAAAAUGAAGUUCUUCACACUGCCAUGCCUUCAAAUUUCUUUCCAUACAAAAUUGAAAAGUUUGAUCAUUCGCCACCUUCAUUCGCUCCUGUUAUCCAGGCUAACAUAAAAUUCGGGCGUUCUGGUUGUCUUGUUGUCAUCGACGCCAUUUCUCGUUUGUUUAAAAGAAAUAUCAAGCACGAGUACAACAUUGAAAAGAUAAUAUUGAACAUGAAAAUUGAGUGCUUCAACAGUAUCCAGACACCGGAUGAGUACAAGUUCAUUGUCAAUCAAGUCAUUCAUAUGACAGAGAAGAUGAAACUCAAAUUUCCUGCCGUCGACGCCGGCAUCACUGACUCCGAAACCAUUGAAGUGGCACCGCCGAAGCCGACACCGCCUGAGAAAGAGGUGCAACUCAUCAACCCUACCAAGGAAAACUUCGAGAAGAUCAUGUCUGCAAAGGAGUGGACGUCGGAGAAAUUUUUCAGACCUAUUGAAAGAAAGUUUGGAUGGAAAACUGAGGAACGAGAACUGCAGAGUUGGCGUUACGACGGCGUGGUGAAUCAUUCGAUAAUUGAAAAAUUUAAUGCACAUUAUCGUUUGCUUCCUCGCAAAACCAAGUUUCCUUGGCUUUAUUAA